UUAAAAUAUUUUGAAAUUAUUAGUGCUAAGAUAUAGCGGAUAUAUUUUAAUUUAUUAUAUUACCAUAAAAAAGCUUUUGCUAAACUUAACUUGACCUUGCUAGUUCUUUUCCGUUCAGCUACCGCGAUUGGAACAUGUCCUAUUCACCUGAAAGAAGAUCAGAGGAUUGGCCGGAGGAUCCUAAAAAUGGGCCAUCAAAAGAUCAAGGCAACUACGAUGGACCUUCGGGUAUGGAACCCGGCGGUAAUCUCGAUACGAAUUGGCAUGAAGUCGUGGAAAGCUUUGAUGACAUGAAAUUGAAAGAAGAAUUACUACGAGGAAUCUAUGCCUAUGGUUUCGAAAAGCCUUCGGCCAUUCAGCAACGCGCGAUUAUGCCUUGCAUCCAAGGUCGCGAUGUUAUAGCUCAAGCCCAGUCGGGAACUGGGAAAACUGCUACUUUCUCUAUUUCAAUUCUACAACAGAUCGAUACUAGCAUUCGUGAAUGUCAAGCACUAAUUUUGGCCCCAACUAGAGAGUUGGCACAACAGAUUCAAAAGGUAGUGAUAGCUCUCGGUGAUCACUUGAAUGCUAAAUGCCACGCCUGUAUUGGUGGUACAAAUGUUCGUGAAGACAUUCGUCAGUUGGAGAGUGGUGUGCAUGUCGUAGUAGGCACCCCUGGCCGUGUAUACGACAUGAUCACGCGUCGUGCCCUGCGUGCAAACACAAUCAAGUUAUUUGUACUUGAUGAAGCUGAUGAAAUGUUAUCAAGAGGAUUCAAAGAUCAAAUUCACGAUGUGUUUAAAAUGCUGUCAUCUGAUGUUCAAGUUAUUUUGCUAUCUGCUACAAUGCCUGAUGAUGUACUGGAAGUGUCUCGAUGCUUCAUGAGGGAACCUGUGCGCAUACUUGUUCAGAAGGAAGAGCUAACACUGGAAGGUAUCAAGCAAUUCUUCAUCUCGAUCGAGGUGGAAGACUGGAAAUUGGAUACACUCUGUGACUUGUAUGACACCCUCUCCAUCGCUCAGGCUGUCAUCUUCUGCAAUACUCGUCGCAAGGUGGAUUGGCUUACUGAGUCCAUGCAUGAACGUGACUUCACUGUGUCCCACAUGCACGGUGACAUGGACCAACGCGAGCGCGAGAUCAUUAUGAGGCAGUUCCGCACAGGAUCCUCUCGUGUACUCAUCACCACUGACCUGCUAGCCCGUGGUAUCGAUGUUCAACAAGUUUCGUGCGUGAUCAACUACGAUCUACCCACUAAUCGCGAAAACUACAUUCAUCGUAUCGGAAGAGGUGGUCGUUUCGGCCGUAAAGGAAUAGCUAUCAACUUUGUUACUGAAGCUGACAAGAGAGCAUUGAAAGAUAUUGAGGAAUUCUAUCACACAACUAUUACGGAAAUGCCCAAUGAUGUGGCUAACCUCAUCUGAGGUGCCAUCGCAUUCCAGUUUAUACUUUGUGUCCUGCAUUCUAUUGCGAUAUUUAAACGGUGUGAGUAUUAGGUGGGCACCCUCCUAAGUACCGCUGUGCUGAUUUUUUAUUGGAACUCAUUUUAUUUGGACCGAUAUAUUGGUUUUAGUUUAAUUAAUGAAUACAUUAAUACUAUUAUAAACGUAUCUAUAUAAGUCUAAUAUACAUAGUUGUAAGACCGGCCCGGCCGGAUGGCCCCCGUUCCGCGUAGACCUCCCUGCUACUUGCAGAGAGGUCUCAUCGGGUACUGGAGAGGCUAUUUCAAUCACAAAAGUACUAGAAGGAAAUGUAUUGUAGCUUUUUUCCAGUUGUACAUAAUAUGGUAAACUGUUUUUGUAAUACGGUAAAUAAAUAUGAUUUAAUAUCUUCUUUGUAUUGUUAUUGAUGUGAAAUUGUAGCGCUCCAAUCCCGAUCGGAACCUUAAUUGUCUGUAGCUGUAUACUCAAUUGUACAAAUUUUGUUUACAGAAAAUCUACCAACUGAGCUGUUGAAACGCACUUUGGACACAACUAUGUGGAAAUAAUAAAUCAAAAUUUCCUCUAA